AUGGUCCCCAAACCCAUCAUAGUCACAGCACCACCGGUGUCUUCUCCACCCAACCCUCUCCUAAAAAACGCAGUAUCAACAGUCAAAACAGAAGAAAAACCCACUCCCACCACUCCAAAAACCAACCCAGUCCCAUCCAUCAAAACGACGCCGCAGCAGCGCGUGGAAAUAAAAAGGAAAACCAAUUCAUGGGUUCCAACGCUAAUGCUCAACGCGUUCGACAACAUCAUCAACAACUUCAUAGACCCUCCGCUCAAACCCUCCGUAGACCCCAGACACGUCCUGUCGCAAAACUUCGCCCCCGUCGACGAACUCCCUCCGACCGAGUGCGAGGUCGUCGAGGGCUCCCUCCCACCAUGCCUCGACGGCGCGUACAUCCGAAACGGCCCCAACCCCCAGUUCCUCCCGCGUGGGCCCUACCACCUCUUCGACGGCGACGGCAUGCUCCACGCGCUCCGCAUCUCCCAAGGCAAACCCACCCUCUGCAGCCGCUACGUCAAAACCUAUAAAUACACAAUGGAAAACGACGCCGGUUUCCCUCUCAUCCCCAACGUCUUCUCCGGCUUCAACUCCCUCGCGGCCUCCGCGGCGCGGGGCUCUCUCACUGCGGCGAGGGUCUUCACGGGACAGUUCGAUCCCUCUAAUGGAAUUGGGUUGGCCAACACCAGCUUAGCCUUCUUCGGUAACCGUCUCUUUGCGCUAGGCGAAUCCGACCUCCCCUACGCCGUCAACGUUACCCCUAACGGCGAUGUCGAAACAAUCGGCCGUUACGACUUUAAUGGCAAACUUACCUUCAGCAUGACGGCGCAUCCGAAGAUAGACCCCAACACAGGGGAAUGCUUUGCCUUUCGUUACGGCCCCGUUCCCCCAUUUCUCACCUAUUUCCGUUUUGAUCCUAACGGUAACAAAUACGACGACGUGCCCGUUUUCUCGAUGGUAUCACCUUCGUUCCUCCACGACUUCGCCAUCACCAAGAACUAUGCAAUCUUCUGCGACAUUCAGCUCGGAAUGAACCCUCUCGACAUCAUCGCCGGUGGCUCCCCCGUCGGCUCCGUCGCUUCCAAGGUCCCAAGGAUUGGAAUCCUUCCUCGUGAUGCUAAGGAUGAAUCGAUGAUGAAGUGGUUCGAGGUGCCGGGGUUUAACAUCAUUCACGCAAUAAACGCGUGGGAGGAGGACGAGGGAAGAACGGUGGUGCUUGUGGCGCCGAAUAUUCUGUCGGUGGAGCAUGUAAUGGAGAGAAUGGAGCUGAUUCACGCGAUGGUGGAGAAGGUGAGGAUCGAUCUGGAGACGGGGAUUGUGACGCGGCAACCGGUGUCGGCGCGGAACCUUGAUUUCGGGGUUAUAAACCCUGCGUUCGUUGGGAAGAAGAACAGUUUUGUUUACGCGGCGGUGGGAGAUCCCAUGCCGAAGAUCUCGGGGGUGGUGAAGCUGGACGUGUCGAAGGGGGAUGAGCGGAGGGACUGUACGGUGGGUUGCCGGAUGUUUGGCGAGGGGUGCUACGGCGGGGAACCCUUCUUCGUGGCGAAAGAGGAAGGGGGCGAGGAGGACGAUGGGUACUUGGUGACGUACGUGCACGACGAGAGGAAGGGAGAAUCGAGGUUCUUGGUGAUGGACGCGAAAUCGCCGGAGUUGGACGUGGUGGCGGCGGUGAGGCUCCCGCGGCGGGUUCCGUACGGCUUUCAUGGAUUGUUUGUGAAGGAAAGUAAGCUGAGGAAGGUGGUGUCGUUGUAG